AUGGAUAAUGUCCCUUCAUCCUCGGUGCCUGCUCGCCGGCUUGACAAUCGGACCCCUGACCAUGAGGACCGUUAUGCUGAAGAUAGAUAUGAUAAGAAACGUGUGAAUCCAGAGAGGUACCAUCACGCCACCACCUCCCCUAAGCGUCAUGACGAAGGCCGCGCACGUUCCCCUAACGUUCAAGAGGGUCGUGUAGAAGAACAGUAUAGAGAGAAGGAGCCCCGUCGACAAAAUAUGGAUGGUGUUCCUGCACGCUCAGUGCAUGUUCGUCGGGCUGGCAAACAGACCCCUGACCUUGAGGACCGCUAUGCUGAAUAUAGAUUCGAUCAGAAACGAGAGGCUCCAGAGCGGUUCCAUCACGCCACUGAAUCCCCCAAGCGUCACGACGAAGCCCGCAUACGUUACCCUGAUGUUCGGGAGGGUCGUGUGGAAGAGCGGCAUAGAGAGAAAGAACCCCGUCGACAAAAGAUGGAUGAUGCUGCUGCUGCAUCCUCAAUGCCUGCUCAUCGACCUGACAAGCGGACCCCUACCCGUGAGGAACGCGGAGCCGAAAAUAGAUUAGAUAAGAAACGAGAAGAUCCAGAGAGGUACCAUCACACCACUCCUUCCCCCAAGCGUCAUGACGAAGUCCGCGUACGUUCCCCUGACGUUCGGGAGGGUCAUGAGGAAGAGCGGCAUAGAGAGAAGGAACCCCGUCGACAAAAGAUGGAUGAUGCUGCUGCUGCAUCCUCAAUGCCUGCUCAUCGGCCUAACAAGCGGACCCCGGCCCGUGAGGAACGCGGAGCCGAAAAUAAGCCGGAGAAGAAAAAAGCAAAUCAAGAGAAAGCAAAUGAUGUCGCUGGGCCCUCCAAGCCUCAGCAUCAGGCCCGCACACCGUCCCCUAACGUCCAGAAGGCUCGUGACGAUAAACGUCCGAAGGAAAAUGGACAGAGUCGACAAAAGAUCAAUGAUGUUGCUGCAUCCCUAAUGCCUCCGGGUCUGGGUGGCAAACAGACCAGUGCUCAGAAUAGGCAGGAGAAGAGGGCGGAGAAUAAAAAGAAAGAAAAUAACAGCCCAUCCCCCAAGCGUCAUAAGUAA